CUAGUGUCACAGAUUUUUCACAUUGUAAACACGCUCAAUCUCCACUGACCCUCCGCACGAGAAACACUUGCACAAUGUCGUGGCUCCGUGGACACAGGCCGUGACAACUGCUCACCGUGGACAGACUUGAAAAAACACCUCGUGCCCCGUGUUAUAUGUUUCUAACACGAACCGCGGCGCUCGAGCUCAGAUAUCAAAACAUGGAGCUGCGUCCUAACCAACGAUGCUAACGUUAGCACAGCUAGCUAACGGCUCUCCAGGCUUUGAAAUGAAGCGGAAUUGAAUAUCGUUUUCAUCUUGUUGUCUCUGAACUUGUGUUUUUGUGUGCAUAGCUGACAGCUUUGACUUUAUUACGGGUGUCAACAGGACGAGGAGGACAUUUUAAGUUAAUGUAAACACCUCUGUGUCUCUUUAGCUCGUCCGCUAGCAGCUGCUGUUAUUGUUGGGUUUACGUUAGCUGGAAGUGGCACAGUUUCGCUAGCCAGCUCACUGAAUGGGGUGGAGUUGUCAUCAUUAGUGUUGCCGCACAGGCUAGAAUAACGUUGGGUAUCAGUUCCACUUUAAAGGAAGACGGUGUCAGACAAAAUGGUGUUGAGGAGUUGCUGGAAGUCUCGACAUAAAAACAGCUGUGGACCUGCUCCUGGUUGGAUCUGGCCAGCAUCGGCAGCCCUGCUCUGGUUGUGUCUGACCCAGUUUGUGUGCGGGUGUGGUGCUGUUGGGGAGACCAAAAAUGUGGUCCAGAAAGAUGCAGAGUUUGAUGUCAUCUAUAAUGACACAGUGACAAGUGAAAACCAGACCAUCUAUGCUUUCAAUCACACGGUGUCCAGGAAUAAGACGGAAGGAGUGCGUGUGUCUGUGGAUGUGUUGUCACAGGGUUUUGAAAGUCCCAUCCUGUUUGUGGUGCGACAGAAGCAAGCAGUGCUGUCUUUUCAGAUCCCUCUCAUUCUAAGAGGCCUCUACCAGAGGAAGUACCCUUACAAUCACGUGGCCCGGACACUGUGUCAGCCUCCGACCCGAGCCGCCUCUGAGACCCAGUACUUCUUUGUGGACGUGUCUACUCUGUCUAGCCAGGGUACAAACUACCAGCUCAGGGUCAGCCGUGUUGAAAGCUUCACCCUGCAGACAGACAAGCGGUUCAUCUUCACCGCGUCACCAUCUCAACCUCAGUACUUCAAGUAUGUCUUCCCAGAUGGGGUGGACACUGUGAUCGUCAAGGUCAACUCAGACAUGGCCUUUCCCUGCUCCGUUAUGUCCAUCCAGGACAUCCAGUGCCCAGUCUAUGACCUUGACAACAAUGUGGCCUUCAUUGGGAUGUACCAGACUAUGACCAAAAAAGGCGCAAUCACUGUGCAGAGAAAAGAUUUCCCCAGCAACAGUUUCUAUGUGGUGAUCGUGGUAAAAACAGAGGACGAGGCCUGCGGUGGUCCACUGCGCUUCUACCCGCUCCGUCCUGAUGAGCUGAUUGACGCCGGCAACCGAAGCAAAGUCAUCGAUGUGAUGGUCACUCCAGCUAUCAACUCGGAGGUAUACGUGAUGGGCAUGCUGUUCUGUCUGGGUAUCUUCCUCUCCUUCUACCUGCUCACCUUCCUCAUGGCCUGUCUGGAGAACAAGCGGAUAAAAAGGAGAGAGGUGUUUCAGAUUCCUGCUGACAUGUCGCCUGCUGAGACAGCCUCCCUGCUUGGGAAGAACGGAGAUGGCAAAACUCCAGCCUCACCAUAUGAAUAUGGCUCCUUUGCUGACAACGGCAGCACUCUCAGCUCAGAGGCCGUCACUGACAGCGCCACAUCCACUGACAACAACUAUGGAUACAUGGGACAGGAGCCUUUCAAACGUCGCACAAUCCUCAAUCACCUGCACCACAUAGCCAUCCGCAUCGAGCGAUCAUUGGACAGUGUGGGGCGAAGCAGGCAGGAGUCUCUGAGCUCUGUGGAGGAGGACGACUACGACACGCUGGAUGACAUCAACUCAGACAAAAACAUCGUCCGCACCAAGAAAUUUUUAUGUGUGUCAGACCUGGCCCGUAAAGACAAGAGGGUCCUCAGCAAGAAAUACCAAAUCUACUUCUGGAACAUUGCUACUAUCGCUGUGUUCUAUGCGCUGCCAGUCGUCCAGCUGGUCAUCACCUAUCAGACGGUGGUUAAUGUGACAGGAAACCAGGACAUCUGCUUCUACAACUUCCUGUGUGCCCACCCUCUGGGAGCUCUGAGCGCGUUCAACAACAUCCUCAGUAACCUCGGUUACGUGCUGCUGGGACUCCUCUUCUUGCUUAUCGUCCUAAAAAGAGAUAUCGUCCACAACCGAGCCCUGGUCCGCAACGAUCUCAACGCGCUGGAGUGUGGUAUCCCAAAGCACUUUGGUCUCUAUUAUGCCAUGGGAACUGCUCUGAUGAUGGAGGGCUUGCUCAGUGCCUGCUACCAUGUCUGUCCAAACUACACCAACUUCCAGUUUGACACCUCCUUCAUGUACAUGAUUGCUGGAUUGUGUAUGUUGAAGCUGUAUCAGAAGAGACACCCAGACAUCAAUGCAAGUGCUUACACCGCCUACGCCUGCCUGGCUGCGGUCAUCUUCUUCUCAGUGCUGGGAGUGGUAUUUGGGAAAGGAAACACAGUGUUCUGGAUUGUUUUCUCAGUGAUCCACAUCCUGGCCACUAUGCUCCUCAGCACACAGCUCUACUACAUGGGCCGGUGGAGGCUGGACUCAGGGAUCCUGCGCAGGAUGGUGUACGUCAUCUACACAGAUUGCAUCCGACAGUGCAGCGGACCCAUGUACAUUGACCGUAUGGUUCUGCUCGUCAUGGGAAACAUAGUCAACUGGUCGCUAGCUGCCUACGGCCUCAUAGAGAGACCCAACGACUUUGCCUCCUACCUGCUGGCCAUCGCCAUCUGCAACCUGCUGCUCUACUUUGCCUUUUACAUCAUUAUGAAGUUGCGGAGCGGUGAGAGAAUCCAGUGUCUGGCGUUGGUGUGUGUUUUGUUCACAGCCGUGGUGUGGGGCUUUGCACUCUAUUUCUUCUUCCAGGGUCUCAGCACCUGGCAGAAAACUCCAGCAGAGUCCCGUGAGCACAACAGGGACUGUAUCUUGCUUUCAUUCUUUGACGACCACGACAUUUGGCAUUUCCUCUCCUCCAUCGCCAUGUUUGGAUCCUUCCUGGUCCUCCUGACCAUGGAUGACGACCUCGACACAGUCCAGAGAGACAAGAUCUUUGUCUUCUAGAUCUGUUGAAUCUCCUACGAUGAGCUCAGCUCCUCCUCUCUGCCUUAUCACCCUCAUCUCUCUCCGUUCGCGUCUCCUUUGUGUUUUAAAAAAAAAAAAGAAGCACAGCCAGUAGCCUGUUUCUCCCAGGCUGUACGGCGGGCGCCCCCUCCGCCCGUCACAGCCAAUCAGCCAGUCAGGGAAGGGCAGUAGCCCCUCCCUCCACCUGUAUGGACACAAACGUGCCAACAAAGAGCCCGAGUUUCGACGUCGAGUGAUGUUGAAGUGUUUUGUCCUCUCGCUGCCAUCAUCAAUAUAUCUGUUGUAAUCGAUGUUUACUUACUGCUGACGAUGAAGAUAACAAUGUACACAUUCGCUAAAAGAAACAGUCCGAAUUAACUUAUUUUAUACUGUCCGCAUUACAUUUGACCUGCAAUGCAUUUUGAAAUUACUGUUUGUAUGCUGUUUAUAUGCUGUGUGUGUGUUUGUACAGAGGUGUGCGUGUGUUUACAAACAUUAACGUGAGAACAUGAACUCUGUCCAGUCUGUCAGUGGCCUUUAAUGUUCUAAUCAUGUUAGUCACAUACUGUGCUCUGAUUGGUCAGAUCCUCAAACUAGCCGUCCUUCUCGUCGGAGAACGUUAAUAAUAAUGAUGAUGAUUGUAUUUACUUCUCGACUGCCCUCAAGCCUGAAUGCUAAGGUAUUUUUUGCACUGUACUGUAUGAAAAACUGAUUUUAAUGUCAAAUGAGCGGUUACUGAAUAAAGGUCUCAUUUUCAGAUA